AUGUAAUAAGAAAUUGAGUUAACUCUUGAUUAAAUCUUAAAUCAAAUAGAUAAACAUGAUGAUGAACUUGAUUUUUCUGAAGAGGGAGGUCUUGUUCGUAUUGUGGCAUUUGAUUAAUUGAAAUAAGAAUUGAGAUUGAAGAUUUUAGUUAUUAAUUUAUCAAAAAAUAGAUUGAAAAAGAUUGACGAAGUGAAUUAAUUUCAUAAUUUAAAAUCAUUAGAUGCAAGUCAUAACAUUAUAGAGGAUGUUAAAUUAAAAACUUAGUUAUUGCUAUUUCUUAAUUUAUAAGAUAAUAGAUUAAAAAAGUUUCCUGAUUGUGGUCCUUUAAAAAAACUUAAAUCUAUUGAUAUUUCUUAUAAUUCAAUUACAAAAAUCGAAAACAAUGAUAUAAAGUAAUUCUCUAAAGAUUUAGAAGUGUUAUUAAUCAAUAAUAAUUUAAUAAAGUUUGAACAUGGUUAUGAUAUAAAAAAUAUACUUGAAGAAUUAAAAUAAUUAAAGAUAUAGACUCUAAAUAUAUUGAGGAAUCCUUUUUUAAAAAAGUAACCAUUAAUAGAGACAGCAUUUGCAAUAACAUUAUCUGGGACAUUGAAAAUGUUGAAUAACAAAUCAACAGAUUUAUUUAUACCAGAUGCAAAUUUUAAUAUAGAAGAUAUAUUAGGAGAUGUUGAAUUUAUAGAUAGUGAACCUGAUGAAGAAGACAAAUAAUAUGCAAAAUAAUUAUGCGAUAAAAUAACAAGAUGCAUAAAUGAUCCUUAAGCAAUAGUAGCAUGUUUAAGGAAGAUAGAUGAUAUAGUAAAUAUAAUAAUAGUAUAACCAAAUAAAGCUGAUACAUUUUUUUUGGAUAAGGAUUUAAAGAAAUAAUAAUAGAUAGCAGAGUAGAUAGAUAGUUUUUUAUAGAAUUGUUUUCUUUUUGCUUAGAAUUAAUAAAGUUAUGUAGAAUAAAUAUUGAAGGCAUUGGCUUAAUUAGCAAUAGUGAAAUGUUUAGAGAUAGGUAGAAGAUGUUUUUAGAUGGUGGUAGAAAUAGUACGAAGUGGUACAGGAAUGGCAAUGAUAGCUAGAAAUAUAAUAUAAAAAUAUAGCAUACCUUUAUUACAAUAAUAAAAGGAAUUAGAAUGCGUUCCUACAUUUGUAAUGGAAGGUAUUUUAAGAACAGUAGAUGAAAGAGAAGAUGAAGAGAUGGUUCCUUUAAAAUUAGCAUAAACAAAUUUUGUAGAUUGGUUAGAUUAAAUUAUGGCAAAUUAUAUGAAAGAUAUGGACAAUUUAAGAGAAGAAUAAUAAUAAAGAGAUGUUUUGUUUUUAGAUUUUAUGGCUCAAUUAGCAGAAUUUACUAAAUUUGCUAAUGAAUAUCAUUAUAGAGGAAUUAUUUCCAAAAGUUUAGUUUUAUUUAAACUGUUAUUAACUUCUGAAUUAGAUGAAUAAUAUAUUGGAAUAUUAUAUGUUAUAAAUAAUUCUAUGAAAAAAAGUGAUAAAUGUACAAAAGAAGUAUUAGAUUCAAGAUAAACAGCAUGUAAUUUUAUUAAAGAUGUAGAAGAUGAAUUAAGAAAAUAUUUAUUUAUGUUUAAAAAAUUUAGAAAUUCUUUAACAAAUCCAGAAACUAAAGAAAAUAAAGAUACUAUUUUACUUAGAUAUGAAAAAGUAGGUAUUUUAAUAUAAGUUUAUGGGACGAUAUGGAAAUCAGAUGUUAUUGUAUAAUAAUAAAUAAAAGAAAGUUUUUUAGUUAAUGAAUUAUUAUAAAUGGCUACAAUUCCAGCAAUUCAUCCUUUUUUAAUAAAUUCAGUUGCUGUUUUUAUUAGAAAAUUAUUAAAAAAUAAAAUAAUAAAAACAUAAAUACCAGGAAUAGAUAAUAAUGAUAUAGUAAAAUAUAUAUGUUUAAAAACACAUAAUUGUGAAUUACUAUUACAUUAUUUAGGAGGUGAUUAUUAUGUAUUAAUGAUGAAAUAAUUGGAUCCAACAAUUUAAAAAUUAACAAAAAAUUUAAGUUCUUUACUUAAUCCAAAAAUACAUGAAGUAUUUAGAAAUAUAAUAAAAUUACUUAAAUUUUUUUCAAAGAAUGCAAUAGGAUAUGAUAGUCCAAUUUCUGAUAUAUGUAUGGAAGUAAGUAAGAAUUUAGAUUCAAAUGGAAGAGAUGAAGCAUUAUUUAUAGUUUUAGCAACUCCAAGUGAUAUGGUGAGAUUGGCUGUAGUAUAAUGUUUAUUGACAAUAAAAGUAUCAUAAUUAGAUUCAAAAGAAAUUGGAAAAUUAGUUACUUUAUUAGGAUCUUAUAGAAAUUUAGGAGCAGGUAAAACAGAAAGUGUUGUUGCUAAUAUAAUGAUGAUUUUAACUAAAAUUGUAGUAGGUGAAAAAUCAGCAUCAAGAGAAGACUUUGUUACAGUAUUUAGUUAAAAUGCAACAUUGUAUGCACUUGAUAUUUUAGAAAGAAAUUAAGAACGUGAUUUAUUAGAAUUAGGAGAUGAUAAUCAAGAAUAUUAAGAGAAAGUAGAAUUAUCAUUUGGUACUAAUAAUUUUCUUAAAUCUUUACAUUGUGAACCAUUAUUAAGAGAAAACUUAAAAGGACUCUAUUAAGCGUAAUGUAUGAGGAAUUCCCUUCUUAAUGAAGAUAGUUUAUUAACUCCUGAAACAUUAGAUAUAGAUAUUGAAAGAUCAUUUAUAGGAAAACAAUGUUCAUAUUUAAUAUCUGUCUUAUUCAAUAGAGAUGCAUUAUUACCUUAUAAAAAAGUAUCAGAUAGAAUAUUAAUAAGAAUAGCUGAAAAUUUAGAAAUGAGACCCGAAGAUCAAGUAGAAGAUUUGAGUAAAGUUAAAAGUCCAGGAUUAUAUGAUUUUAAAGAAAUUUAAAAAAUGUGGAAAAAAAUUGCACUUGAAAGGAGAUCUAAAUAAACAGAAAUAUGGGAUGCAAUGGCAACUAGUUAAGAGCCAUUUUUAAUUAUUGAAGAUAAAGAAGAUUCUGCUUAUCAUUAAAGUUAACAUUAAUUAUUUUAUGAUUAAGAAGGUGCUAUUAAUUUAUUAGGUUUUUUAGUUGGUCGUAAUUAAUCUGCUAAAUCAUUAUCUUUAAAAGAAUAUUUUAUAGAAACUUUUGGAAAUUAAUUAAAUUUUGAAAGGAUGAUUAAUUCAAUUAAUUUUUGUAUUCGUGAAUAAGUUCAUGAAUACUUUGAUAAUUUGGAUAAAUAAAAAGAAAUUAAAAAAUUAUCAACAACUAGAAUGAAUGAAAAAUUAACUACUAUCUUUUCUGGUUUACCUAUGCCAACUGAUCCACUUAGAGGAUUUAUUAAAUAGAAACCUUAUUUUAAUCCUAAUAAAAUUAUCCAUUUCCCAAUGUUUACUAAAAAAGCAUUAAGUAUCACUUAAGAACAUGUUGCUUACACAGGUAUUAAAUUUGAAGAAAGAACAAUAACUGUAUGUGCUUAUUUAAGAAUAGUUUAUGCACUUUUAGGAUAUUGUCCAUAAGAUUAAAAUAAACCAAAUGUUAAAAGAUAAUAAAUGGCUGAAUAAUUAGGACAAAGAGCUGAAUAUAUAAGAGAAUUAACGUUAAUUUGUUAAUGGGCUGAUUGGCAUAAUGGAAAUAUAGGUGCUAAAUAUCUUAAAAUAAUGAAUGUUAUUCUAGAAUAUUCAUUUUGUGCUAAAGAAAAAUCAUUUAUAACAUCUUUUUUUGUUAUUGCUAAAGCGGUUAGAGAUAUGUUAGAUAUUAUCUCAGUUAAACUUUAAAAUGAAGAUAAAUUUCCAUUAAAUUAUGAUGAUUUGGUUUUAAUUAAAGAAACAUGUGAAUGCAUGAGUAAAAUUACUUCUAAUUUAACUAAAAUAUCUAAUGAGGAUAAAAUUAUGGAAACUUAUGAAAAGGAUUAUUCUGAUCAUUUCUAAAGGGAAAGAGCAGAAGUAAGAAAUUAAAUUGCAACUGUUAUUAAUAGAUAAAUAGAUGAAUAUAUUUUACUUAAUUUGCUUCCACUUUAAGGAUUUACUAUAUUCUUAGAAAUUAUCGUCUGGGAUAUGUAAUCAGAAAAAAGUCUUUCAGAUGCUGUUAGCUUAGAUGAAAAAAAAUUUAAAAUUAAAACUUAAACAAGAGCUGCUUUAAUUAAAUUAGUUGGUCUCUAUAUUGUUAAAUGCAAAAGUCUAAAAUUCUAAAUACUUUCUGUAUUAACCAGAAUGGAAGUUUUUACAAAAAAGUUUAUAAGAUAAUCUUUUAUCUAAGAAAUAUUGGAAGACUUAUACUCGUUUGAUUAUCAAUAUAAAUUACAAGAUGGAUUAUUAAAUAGAUCUAUUUUAAUUAAAAACAAAGAUGAUGAAGAAUCAGGUAAUUCAAGACCUGAUUAUUAUGUUGAACAUUUCAUUAAAUGUUAUUAUUAAACAUAAAAAGGACUUAAUAUUCCUGCUAUUGUUGUAGUAACUUCAAAAUAACUAAUAUUAUGUGAAGCAGAUGAAGAAAUAAAAAAGAAAAAGAAUCCUAAUCCUUAAGUUGAAAAUCCUAAUCUAUACAUGGAAUUUACUGCUCUGAAAUUGAUAUUCAAAAUUAAUAAAUCAUAAGUAUCUAAUAACAUUAUUUUAGAUUGAAGGCUGUUACAAAAUGGAAAGUGAUUAAAGAAUUUGUAUACUUUAUUCUUUAACUGAAUAAGGCCCUCCUUUUAGAGAUGAAGAAGCAUUAGAAAUAGCAAUCAUAUUCUUUCCUAAAAUAAUUUCAUGUAUGAAAUUUUAAAUAGCUUUGAAUAAUAUUAAGUUUUCUAAUGAUACAAUUAGUUAAAUGGCAUUAUUAUAUAUAAGCAAUUAAAUUUAACCAAAAUGUAAAAUGUGGGCUGUUGUGAAUCCAGAAAAACCAAUAUUCAACAAAUUCAAGGAAUUUCAUAAGAAAAGAAUGUUAAUACAUAAUGAUGGAACUUUAAUAAGAUUAUAUUAAGAUAGUCUUGAAGAUUGGUAUGAAUUUAUUCCAUAAAACUUUUAAUAGGUUUUUUAUUAACACAGAUUUAAUGCUUGAACACACAGUACAUAAGAAAUAUUCUAAAUGUAACGAACCUUAAAAGAAAUCAGCAAGUGAAUAAAAUUAUUUCAAAUUAAAAGGAUCAUAUGAUUUAAGUAAGUUGAGAAUCCUCGAAAUAGAUUAGACAUUACAUAAUCAAUUAAUAUUAGAGUUUGGUAAUUCUGCAAACCCUAACACUUUACGCCUUCUUUUUGGAUGUGAUAGAGCAAGAGAAAUAUUUAAAUUCUCACUUCUUAAAUAAAUAGAAGUUAAGAAUUUUAAAAUUAAAUAAAUGUAGUGACUUUUUAUAUUUCUUAAAUUAAUUAAAUAUUUG